UCCAUCCUCUACUACAACACCUUCUCACACUCCUCACAUUUACAAACACCUCUCUCUCUAUUUCUCUCUCUCUUAUAUACAUAUUUGGAGACACUAAGAACCCAUAGAAAUGAGUACUACUUCUAAAGGCUCUGGUUUCCACAUUAUUAUUACAAGUUUUGCUGCUACUGUUCUAUUGCUGCUGCUCUCCACUUUCACUUGUGAAGCACAACUUACACCAAACUACUAUGACUACACAUGCCCACAAGCUCUCUCGACGAUCCGCGCUGCCGUUCGCACCGCGAUCACCAAGGAGCGCCGCAUGGCGGCCUCGCUCAUCCGCCUCCACUUCCACGAUUGCUUCGUCCAAGGAUGUGAUGCGUCGCUUUUGCUUGUCGAUGCUCCAAACAUCGUGAGCGAGCAGAACGCACUCCAGAAUUUCAAGUCAGCCAGGGGCUUCGAAGUGAUCGACGGCGUGAAGUCUGCAGUUGAGAAGGUGUGCCCGGGGGUCAUGUCGUGUGCCGACAUCCUCGCAGUUGUCGCAAGAGAUUCUUCUGAAUAUGUGGGCGGUCCGACGUGGACGGUUAAGCUAGGAAGACGAGACUCAACGACAGCCAACAAAGACUUGGCUCGGGCCGACCUUCCGACCGCUUUCGAUGAUCUCGACGCCCUCGUCUCCUCCUUUGCUCGACAGGGCCUAAGUGUCAAAGACAUGGUUGCCCUCUCUGGUGCCCACACUAUAGGCCAAGCACAAUGUGUCACGUUCCGUAACCGCAUCUACAACGAGACCGACAUCGACGCGGGGUUCGCAAGCACACGGCGAAGGCGGUGCCCUUCAGCGGGCGGCAACACCAACCUCGCCCCGCUCGAUUUGGUCACGCCGAAUUCGUUCGACAACAACUACUACAAGAAUCUACUGCAGCAGAAGGGGCUCCUGCACUCAGACCAGGUUCUGUUCAACGGAGGCGCGACCGACGACAUUGUGAGGGGUUACAGCACGAACAGGGCCGCGUUUUACGCCGACUUCGCAGCAGCGAUGGUGAAGAUGGGGGACAUUAGUCCGUUGGCAGGCGCGGCUGGCGAGAUUAGAAAGAUCUGCGGAUUAGUUAACUAAGA